GGCCGGGGGCGCCCCUGGGACUGUCCCACCGACCGCCCCGCAGGACCCCCCCCCCGACUCGCCCGGCGCCGCCAUGUCGAUCCAGAAGAUCUUCGCCAGGGAAAUCCUGGACUCCCGCGGAAACCCCACGGUUGAAGUCGACCUCUACACGAACAAAGGCCGGUUCCGAGCGGCCGUGCCCAGCGGAGCCUCCACCGGCAUCUACGAGGCCCUGGAGCUGCGAGACGGCGACAAGAGCCGCUACCUGGGGAAAGGGGUGCUAAAGGCCGUGGAGCACAUCAACAAGACUCUGGCCCCCGCCCUCCUGGAAAAGAAACUGAGCGUUGUGGAUCAGGAGAAGGUGGACAAGUUCAUGAUCGAACUGGAUGGGACAGAGAACAAGUCCAAAUUUGGGGCCAAUGCCAUCCUGGGCGUCUCUCUGGCCGUGUGUAAGGCCGGGGCGGCCGAGAAGGGCGUCCCCCUGUACAGACACAUCGCUGACCUGGCCGGAAAUCCUGACCUUGUCCUGCCCGUCCCCGCGUUCAACGUGAUCAACGGGGGGUCCCACGCGGGGAACAAGCUGGCCAUGCAGGAGUUCAUGAUCCUGCCCGUGGGGGCCGCCUCCUUCCGGGAGGCCAUGCGCAUCGGGGCCGAGGUCUACCACAACCUCAAGGGCGUCAUCAAGGCCAAGUACGGCAAGGACGCCACCAACGUGGGUGACGAGGGCGGCUUCGCCCCCAACAUCCUGGAGAACAACGAAGCCCUGGAGCUGCUGAAGACGGCCAUCCAGCAGGCCGGCUACCCGGACAAAGUCGUCAUCGGGAUGGACGUGGCGGCCUCUGAGUUCUUCCGCAACGGGAAGUACGACCUGGACUUCAAAUCCCCGGAUGACCCCGCCCGGCACAUCUCCGGGGAGAAGCUGGGAGACUUGUACAAAAGCUUCAUCAAGAACUACCCCGUGGUCUCCAUCGAGGACCCGUUUGACCAGGACGACUGGGCCACGUGGGCGUCCUUCCUUUCCGGCGUGGACAUCCAGAUCGUGGGGGAUGACCUGACCGUGACCAAUCCCAAACGCAUCGCCCAGGCCGUGGAGAAGAAAGCCUGCAACUGCCUCCUGCUCAAAGUCAACCAGAUAGGCUCCGUCACCGAGUCCAUCCAGGCCUGCAAGCUGGCCCAGAGCAGUGGCUGGGGGGUCAUGGUGAGCCACCGCUCGGGAGAGACGGAGGACACCUUCAUCGCCGACCUCGUCGUGGGACUGUGCACCGGCCAGAUCAAGACGGGAGCCCCGUGUCGCUCCGAGCGCCUGGCCAAGUACAACCAGCUUAUGAGGAUCGAGGAGGCCCUUGGCGACAAAGCAGUCUUUGCCGGACGCAAGUUCCGCAACCCCAAGGCCAAGUGAGGAGUCUGGAUCUCGGCCACCGGCGAUGCUCCCUCCUUCCCGGUCAAUAAAGCUCCAGUGAAAGCCGCGAA